GCGCAUGCGCACAGAGCUGGGCGGUUCUGACAGAAAACCAGGUGUGGAAAUCUCUCUCUUCGCCCGAAUGGCACCAUAAAAAAAAACUCUUCAUUACGGACGCUUUUGUUUCGGCACGCGCACCGCACAGGCUCACGGACUCCCAGGACCAGCCUUCACUUUUUCAUCACAUGAGCCUGCCUCCAGCUUUUCCUUCACUCUUCACUCCUUAAAACGGUGAAGCGGACCAUCCGGAACCUCAUUGGCUUAACCGUCCCCCGCCUGGACUGUUGUCAACUGUUAUCUUUUUUUUUUUUUUUUUUUUUUUGACGUCUCAGACCUGUCAUGGAGCCCAUUUGCGCUAUGGGAAUGGCGGCCAGGCUGCGCAGUCAGUGGGACCGAGAUGAUGGCUGGGGCCAGAACCACAAGGCUGUCAAGUUUUUGGGUCAGGACUACGAGAUGCUGAGGUCUCAGUGCCUCCAGCGCAGGACCUUGUUUGAGGAUUCCUACUUUCCUGCCAGCGGCACCUCGCUGGGAUUUAACGAGCUCGGGCCACGCUCCUCCAAAACGCAGGGUGUGCGCUGGAUGAGGCCAACAGAGAUCUGCUCUCGCCCUGAGUUCAUCAUGCAUGGAGCCACUCGCACAGAUAUAUGUCAGGGAGCCCUGGGUGAUUGUUGGCUGCUGGCUGCGAUCGCGUCUCUCACUCUUAAUGAUGACCUGCUGCACCGCGUGGUUCCACAUGGACAGAGCUUCAGAGACGGAUACGCUGGGAUCUUUCACUUUCAGUUCUGGCAGUUUGGUGAGUGGCUCGACGUGGUGAUUGAUGACAGGCUGCCAGUUAAAGAUGGGAAGCUGCUGUUCGUGCACUCGGCAGAAGGCGGCGAGUUCUGGAGCGCUCUGGUGGAAAAGGCCUAUGCUAAGCUGAACGGCUGCUAUGAGGCUCUCUCAGGAGGCAGCACGUCAGAAGGAUUCGAGGACUUCACGGGUGGCGUGACGGAGAUGUACGAGCUGAGUAAACCUCCUGCUGAUCUUUUCAGUAUCAUAAGGAGGGCUGUGGAGAGAGGAUCACUAAUGGGCUGCUCCAUAGAUAUCUCUAAUACGCGGGACAUGGAGGCCGUCACCUUCAAGAAGCUGGUUAAAGGCCACGCCUACUCCGUGACAGCAGUGGACGAGGUGGUGUACAGAGGAACCCCCACCAAACUGGUGCGCAUCAGAAACCCCUGGGGAGAGGUGGAGUGGACUGGAGCCUGGAGCGAUAAUGCCAGAGAGUGGGACAGUGUGGACGCGUCCACCAGGAGCAGACUGCAGAACCGCAGCGAAGACGGAGAGUUCUGGAUGUCGUUCCAGGACUUCCUGCGAGAGUUUAGCCGGUUGGAGAUCUGUAACCUGACAGCGGACGCUCUGGAAGCCAGUCAGGUGAAGAAGUGGAGCACGUCUCUCUACCAGGGCGAGUGGAGGAGAGGCAGCACAGCUGGUGGUUGCAGGAACUUCCCAGCUACAUUUUGGAUUAACCCUCAAUUCAAGAUCACCCUGAAGAACCCGGAUGUUGCAGGACACAACGAUUGCACCUUCCUGGUGGCUCUGAUGCAGAAAGACCGCAGGAAACAGCGCAAAGAGGGAAAAGACAUGGAGACCAUCGGCUUUGCGAUAUACGAGGUUCCCAGAGAGUUUGCAGGUCAGUCAGGAGUUCACUUGAAGCAGAGCUUCUUCAUGACACACGGCUCCACAGCUCGUUCUGAGCUCUUCAUUAACCUGCGUGAGGUCAGCUCACGCUUCCGCCUUCCUCCUGGAGAAUACAUCAUCGUGCCGUCCACGUUCGAGCCGCAGAAGGAGGGCGACUUCGUGCUGCGUGUCUUCUCUGAAAAACCUGCCGACUCGGAGGAGAUGGAUGAUGAAAUCAAAGCUGAUCUUCCCAAAGUGGAUGUUUUGGAUGAGAGUCAAAUUGAUGCCGGAUUCAAGAGUCUGUUCAGACAGCUGGCAGGAGCGGACAUGGAGAUCAGUGUUACAGAGCUCCAGACCAUUCUGAACAGAAUCGUCAAGAAGCACAAGGAUCUGAAGACAGACGGCUUUACUUUGGAGGCAUGUCGCAGUAUGAUCAACCUCAUGGACACAGAUGGCAGCGGUAAACUGGGUCUCACAGAGUUCCAUGUACUGUGGGAGAAAAUCAGAAACUAUCUGGAAGUGUUUAGGAAGUUUGAUAUAGACAAAUCUGGGGCAAUGAGCUCCUAUGAGAUGCGUAUGGCCCUUGAAUCAGCAGGCUUCAAGCUGGACAAUCGUAUAUUCCAGCUGAUUAUUCUGCGCUACACGGAGCAGGACUUGAAUGUCGACUUUGACAAUUUUGUCACUUGUCUAGUGCGUCUGGAGACCAUGUUCAAGACAUUUUAUAGCUUAGACACUGACAAAGAUGGAUUCAUCUCUCUAAACUUCCAACAGUGGCUAUCUUUGACCAUGUUUGCAUAAACAGACAGACAUCUGGAUGCCAGUCUGCUUGCACUGAGACCCACAUCUUCCUGCGUCUGGUCCAGAAGUGCCUUAUUCAUAUUGUCAUUAGUAUUGCUCAAGGUGAUGGUAUUCAAUCAGUGUUUUAGUCCCAUUGCUAUUUUUAAAGGUGUACUGGUUUCACAACUGGUCAAAUGUUUUAUUAUGUUUAGAGUCAUGUAUACAAGAAGCCACACUCUGUCCUAUGUGUCAUUUGUGCAUAAACCAAAACAGCAAGCCACUGUCUUAUAUGAAUACAAUAUACAUAAAGUCAACAAUCUCAACCGUAAGAAGUGCCAGACAGUGUAGUGUUUACAGCCUCUCUGACCAGGUUUAUGCCAGCAAUCUCACUUUUCCAGGCCACUUGUAGGACUCCUAAGUUUACCUUGUUGCCAGAUACGUAUGUUUUCACUUCCUGCGCCAAAUGGAGCUCUCCUUCUCAAUCAUGUGUCAAUCAAUUCCAGCUGAGACUGUUCCACAGUGUAUAUGACAUAACCUAAGGUAAUGACAGUAACUGUCAUUAUUUAACAUGAACAAACUGAAUGUCAGCAUUAAAACAACAAAAAUCAUCUCAACCAGGUAAAUUUUUAACAUCAAGCUCAUCAAGUUUCUUUUUAAUGAUAAAUCAAAUAAGCCAUAUAACCAACACUUUCAUUAACCAAAAUUCAGACCAUCGCUGAGUAAAAUUAAGUCCACACUGAAAUGUUUUCACAAUUUACAGCUAAAAAUCCACAUCAACUAUUUAAACAAACAUUCAUAUACAGAAUAUAUAGUGUAUUUAUUUACUUUGAAGAAAUUACUCAUGGUUUAUUAUUACUGAUAUUUAUGGUUGGUUCAUGUUAACUAAUGCAGUAAAGAAAGAGACUUAAGGGAGCAUUAAUAUAAAGUGAUUGAGAGUUUUCAGUUUUUUUUUUAUUUUGGAUGCACGUGUGCAGGCUGUUAAGUCGGCAUUAUUACUAUUGAUUUGUAUUUAAAAACAAAAUAAAAUAAAAAGUUGUUUUUAUUAGUUGUUUUUAGGUUUGUGUAGUUUUAGGUCAUGGAGCAAACACCUGCAUGAACUAUGUUUCUUGGGUACUGGGCUAUCUGGAAAUAUGGGUGCCAUUACAUAUAAUAAUGUAAUAACACACCAAAAAUCAAUCCCAUACCUGAAUACUCCUGAACAAAAAUGCACUUAUUUAAGAAGCAAAUACACAGCAGUAAGUUAAAGAUGCCUGUUCCUAUAGAUGGUUUGGUGUGAUUUCUGCAGGGAACAACAAUCAAUCUACUUUUGAUAAGGGAGGCAGUUACUACAGACCGUGUCACCUGUCGGUCUGAUUGAAUGUACAUGCAAAACACAACAAAAGUGAAAUGACUGCAUAUUUAGAAUGCAGAGAUGAAUAUGAGGAAAUAAGUUUUGUUGCCAAAUGCAUGAUGUUAUGAAAGCUAUGCAGAUAUGCCGUUAAUUCUCUUCUCUUAAUGCUGGUGCCUGUAUUGUGGUCUUUUUGCUCUGGUCAAAAGGCACAUCCUGUUUUCUAUAUUCAGAUAUGUUUGUUUUCAAUAAAU